UCGUGACCUAAAUCCAUCACUUCCGGUUUGAAGACGGCAAUCGAAGAUCAUAUGAUUUAGAGUAUUGUAGCAGGAAAAGUAGUCGUCAAAAUGGAUUAUCAACCAGAAAAACCAUCUACUAAACAGAUGGGGGUAUCUAUAUUCCCCGUUUAUUUCAUUACGCUAAUGCUGGGGUCUUUAGCAAUACUUAUAAUCGCAUUUUAUUAUAUGUUAACUGGCAAAGGAACAAGGGUAGAUUUUGGAUGGUUCUUUGAGAGUACAUCUCCUUACAUGUGGGCCUCAUUUGGAGUUGGAUUUGCCAUUGCGUUCUCUGUUGUAGGUGCUGCAUGGGGUAUUUUCACUACUGGUGCUAGUAUUCUGGGAGGGGGAGUGAAGGCCCCCCGCAUCAAAACCAAGAACCUGAUCAGCAUUAUCUUCUGUGAAGCUGUAGCUAUUUAUGGAAUCAUCAUGGCCAUCAUCAUUGGACAAAAUAUUGGAGCAUUUGACAAAGAGAAAGACUCUGAACAAGUCAUUAGAGACAGCUAUGAUGCAGGUUUCCGAAUGUUUGCGGCAGGACUGACUGUUGGCGUGUCUAACAUUGCCUGUGGGAUCACUGUCGGGAUUGUGGGAUCAGGGGCUGCCCUGGCUGAUGCUCAGAACUCCACACUGUUUGUCAAAAUCCUGAUCCUGGAAAUCUUUGCUAGUGUUAUUGGUCUCUUUGGUGUCAUUGUGGGUAUUUUACAGAUUGUUGGAAUAAAGAUGGGAUCAGACUAGAAGAAAAGGAAAUAUGAGCUCAGAUACAAAUAUUUAUCAAUCACUAAUAUAUAAAACAUGACAAAUACCUACCUAUAUUGUAAGGUCAGCACUGCUUGAUAGUGAGGCCCUGAUUCUAGUCUUCAGAAAAAAAAGUCUGGAAUGUUGUAAUUAUGAGUUGUAUAAUAUUGUAGAAAUGUUGUUGAUUGAGUUGUUAAAUAGACAUAAUCCAGAAAACAUUCCACAUACAUAAUCAGAGGCAUUCUGUAGUAGUGAACUGGAGUUAUAGAUGUUUUCAUUAUAUAUAUUUACGUAAGGUGGAGCAUUUUAUAUGGUUCCACACCAAAGUCCCAUUUAAUAAUUAAUAUUCACUUGUGGGUAUACAUGUAUUUAAACCAUUACUUUGAGGAGGAUUUUUUUUUUUUGCUGGAAGUUUUUUGAACAUUUCUGGAUGAUUUUCCUAAUGUUAUAAUGUAAAAAGAAAUAUUUGUACAUUCAUUCAUUGACCAGAGUUCUUGAAUAAAGCAUGAAUAGCUGUUUUGUGUUACCAUCUUAGUAUUCACAGUCAGUAUCAAAUAUUUCUUUGGGUAUAUGUAUCAGGCUUGUUAAAAAUUCUGGUUACAUUUGGACAAUUUGUAUAUAAAUUAUCAUAUAUGUAAUAAAUUCUUAUAGUCAC